AUGGCGGAUGUGGAGAUGAAGGAAGCUUCCGCAAGUACUGCUAAGGGCAAGGCUGUUGCUAAGAAUUCCGAGGGCGGUGUUCCUGACGGAAAGAAGAAGUUCGAGGUCAAGAAAUGGAACGCCGUUGCUCUCUGGGCGUGGGACAUCGUCGUUGAUAACUGUGCCAUUUGCCGCAACCAUAUCAUGGACUUAUGCAUCGAAUGUCAAGCCAAUCAGGGCUCAUCAACAACGGAGGAGUGCACAGUCGCCUGGGGUAUCUGCAACCAUGCAUUCCACUUCCACUGCAUUUCACGAUGGUUGAAGACUCGCCAAGUUUGUCCUCUGGACAACCGAGACUGGGAAUUCCAAAAGUACGGUCGCUAA